AAGUGUCCGGACUGGAAGGGGGUGAAAGUGUGUCCGGACAGGAAGAGGGUAAAAGUGACUGGACUGGAAGGGGGUGAAAGUGUCCGGACUGGAAGGGGGGAAAGUGUCCGGACUGGAAAGGGGGUGAAAGUGUCUGGACAGGAUGGGGGUGAAAGUAUCUGGACUGGAAGGGGGUGAAAGUGUCUGGACAGGAUGGGGGGGGAAAGUGUCCGGACUGGAAGGGGGUGAAAGUGUCUGGACAGGAUGGGGGUGAAAGUGUCUGGACAGGAUGGGGGUGAAAGUAUCUGGACUGGAAGGGGGUGAAAGUGUCUGGAC